CUGUUCUGUUGACGGUACAGUGUGUUAGCUGUUCUGUUGACGGUACAGUGUGUUAGCUGUUCUGUUGACGGUGUAGUGUGUUAGCUGUUUUGUUGACGGUACAGUGCUGGAGCGCUGGUGUAGUGUGUUCGUCGCUGGUCUUCUUCUAUCAAAAUUUCUGUGGAUUGUAAUUGGAGGACUACUGUUUGGGCUGGACCUAUUGGACUGUGUGUGUGUGUUCGGACCUGGCAUACACACGUGUCGUGUGUGUGUAUGAACAAUCUAUAUUGUGACUGAACAACACACGUGCAGACGGUAAUUGUUAGGAGGGUGUGGAUUACCCGUGUCUGGGCAGUGUGUGUGUGUAAAUGUAUGUGGCAGUGGAAUCAGGAAUGGACAGCACACUUCAGAGGAGAGGAGAGAGCCCCCCUGCAAUGGACUUCACGAACGGCGAGGCCCGACUGGGCCCUCCCAUCAUCAUGUGUACCCGUCCAUACCCAGACUGCAGUGUGGAGCAGGGGGAGUGUUGUGACAUGGACAGCACCAAUGAGAGCGGCGUGGGCUCUGACACCUCUGACGGGGGGCGGAGCAACGAGAAAGAGGAGGGGCUAGGUGGACUGUUCAACAAUUCUGGCCAGCUGAUUGGCUCUGCUUCUGCGUCCGUCUUCUCGGGGGAGGAACAGUUUGAGGACUACGGAGAGGGGGAGGACGUGGACUACACUCCCAGCAGCCCUUGCCCCGACGAUGAUGCUCGCACCAACGGCUUCUCAGACCUCGGCUCCUCCCUGCCCUCCAGUGCUGGUCAGACCCCUCUGAAGAUGUGUCACCUGUACAACAGUGAUAUGUUGGAUGUCUAUUGUUCUCAGUGCUAUAAGAAGGUUAACCUGCUCAACGACCUGGAGGCCAGGCUCAACAACCUCAGAGCCAACAGCCCCAACAGAAAGAUAUCCAGCACUGCCUUUGGACGUCAGUUGUUCCAACACAACCACAGUGCUUUUAGCAGCAGUCAGGGAAGCACAGAGGACCUGUUCAGAGACUCCAUCGACUCUUGCGAUGUGGACAUUACUGAGAAGGUGAGUUACCUGGAGAAGAAGGUGACCGAGCUGGAGAAUGACAGUCUGGCUAAUGGAGACCUCAAGUGUAAACUCAAACAGGGCAACACACAGCUAGUACACAGGGUUCAUGAGCUGGAGGAGCAGCUGAAGGAUCAGGAGAGCAGAGCAGAUCAGACCCUGGAGGAAGAGACACAUAGACACAGAGAGACCUACUGCAAGAUGGAGAGAGACAAGAACACGGACAUAGAGCUGCUCAGUAACAGAGUUCAGCAGCUGGAGGAGGAGAAUGGGGAGAUGAAACUGAACGUGUGUAAACUGAAGUCUCAGACUGAGAAACUAGACCAGGAGAAGCAGCGUAUGACAGACCGGUUGGAGGACACCAGUCUGAGGCUGAAGGAUGAGAUGGACCUCUACAGGAAGAUGAUGGACAAGCUGUGGCAGAACAGACAUGAAUUCCAGAAGGAGAGAGAGGCCAUGCAAGAGUUGAUAGAGGACCUGCGUAGGGAGUUGGAGCACUUGCAGCUGUUUAAGCUGGGUUCAGAGGCGGGGCAGGGGGCGGGGCUAUCAGAAUACAACGCCAAGACACGGGAAAUAGAGAUGGAGCAUGAGGUCAAGAGACUCAAACAGGAGAACUUUAAGCUGCGGGACCAGAACGAUGACCUGAACAGUCAGAUCCUCAGUCUGAGUCUGUAUGAAGCUAAGAACCUGUUUGCCUGCCACACCAAGGCCCAGUCACUGGCUGCUGAGAUAGACAACGCAUCUAGGGACGAGUUGGUGGAUGCUCUGAAGGAGCAGGAGUGUGUUAACCUCCGUCUGAGACAGUAUAUGGAUAAAAUCAUCCUGGCCAUUCUGGACCACAACCCCUCUAUCCUGGAGAUCAAGAGUACCAGUUAAACACACACUUCCAUCCUGGCCAUUCUGGAACACAACCCCUCUAUCCUGGAGAUCAAGAGUACCAGUUAAACACACACUUCCAUCCUGGCCAUUCUGGACCACAACCCCUCUAUCCUGGAGAUCAAGAGUACCAGUUAAACACACACACACACACACACUUCCAUCCUGGCCAUUCUGGACCACAACCCCUCUAUCCUGGAGAUCAAGAGUACCAGUUAAACACACACACACUCACACACACACACACACACUUCCAUCCUGGCCAUUCUGGACCACAACCCCUCUAUCCUGGAGAUCAAGAGUACCAGUUAAACACACACUCACACACACACACUUCCAUCCUGGCCAUUCUGGACCACAACCCCUCUAUCCUGGAGAUCAAGAGUACCAGUUAAACACACACUUCCAUCCUGGCCAUUCUGGACCACAACCCCUCUAUCCUGGAGAUCAAGAGUACCAGUUAAACACACACACACACACUUCCACGCCAGGGGGUGAGACAGAACGUAAAACAACUGACAGCUGUCUGUGGUUUACAGCUGAAACUCGCCGUCUACUCUAUCUGUCAAUCAACUGUUAGAUGUCCCGCCUCCUUUAUCUAGCCCACCAAUGAUGAACUGUUAUUAUGUUGCCAAGAAGAGAAACUGUGCUACUGAAUGACACUAUCCGGAGACUAGCAGUAUUAUGAUGGUGUUCACUUUAUGAUGAUGAUAAUUAUUCUACGUUAUGUUGACACACACUCUCUCUGGGUUCACGAGCUCCAGGAUGACUGUCCACUAGCCUACAAUGAUGUCAUCAUUUAUUACUGAUUUAACAAUGGGAAUAUUUGCAAACCGGAGCGCGCCACUUUUGAUUGGCUAACUGAGCUGUUCAAUCACGUUCAAAAGGUGAAGGUCGUAGGUGAGCGGACGAGGAAGUGUAACAGAUAGUGUGGGUAGGUUAAGACAAGGGAUUUUAAGAUUCCUUCGGGUUAAGGUCUGAUAGCUUGGUAGAGAUGGGAGUCGUUGGUCAUAUUAUGGACCGUUCGGAUGUUUGAUGCCGGGAUACAGUAGCAAUCAACCGUGAGGUGUGCAACGGGGACCAAGGGUGUGUCUCAAUAGUCACUUCCUCUUCUUUGUCUUCUCUUUCCUCUACACUGACAGGACAGGUGAAAGAUGCCCCACUCAGAUACUUCCUUUCACCUGUCCUGUCUUCUCUGAAAAGGAAAGGAAGGGAAGGAGAUGAGGCCACUUCAGACCACUGAGACUCAUCCCUCCCUCCCCCUCCUGUCCUCCUCCCUCCCUCCCCCUCCUGUCCUCCUCCCUCCCUCCCUCCCUCAUUCUCCCUCCCUCCCUCCUGUCAUCCUCCCUCCCUCCCUCAUUCUCCCUCCCGCUCCCUCCUGUCAUCCUCCCUCCCUCCCUCUCCCUCAUGUCAAUCAAGGAAAGGAAAGGAAAGUAAGGAGAUGAGGCCACUAUCAGACCACUGAGACUCACCCCAAGUUUAGUCUCCACGCUGAUUCCUCUGGUCGGGGGGACAUGAAGAUUAUACCUUCUGAUUCUAUGAUCCAGUUACUCUCUGGGCGUGAAGGUUAUAACCUGUCAUAAGCAUUUAAGACAGGCGUCGUACUGGUGUCAUAGCGUUGUUUAUAGGCUUAACGAUGCAUAGUGAACAAAGUGUUAAUAAUAAUGACUCCCUGUUCCCUAUAUAGUGCACUACUUUGGACCAGGGCCCAAUGAUACCCUGUUCCCUAUAUAGUGCUUUACUUUGGACCAGGGCCCAAUGAUACCCUGUUCCCUAUUAUAGUGCACUACAUUGGACCAGGGCCCAAUGAUACCCUGUUCCCUAUAUAGUGCACUACUUUGGACAAGGGCCCAAUGAUACCCUGUUCCCUAUAUAGUGCACUACUUUGGACCAGGGCCCAUAGGGAUUAGGGUGCCAUUGGGGAUGCAUAGACCGUGUAGGUAAUACUAGGAGUAUAACCAGCUUGUUGUGCUAUGUAGUAGUGUAUAACCACCGUGCACAGAGUUAUGUGUUGCUGUAGGAGAUGAGUGUAGUAGUGUAUAACCACUGUGCACAGAGUUAUGUGUUGCUAUAGGAGAUGAGGGUAGUAGUGUAUAACCACCGUGCACAGAGUUAUGUGUUGCUAUAGGAGAUGAGGGUAGUAGUGUAUAACCACUGUGCACAGAGUUAUGUGUUGCUGUAGGAGAUGAGGGUAGUAGUGUAUAACCACUGUGCACAGAGUUAUGUGUUGCUAUAGGAGAUGAGGGUAGUAGUGUAUAACCACUGUGCACAGAGUUAUGUGUUGCUGUAGGAGAUGAGUGUAGUAGUGUAUAACCACUGUGCACAGAGUUAUGUGUUGCUAUAGGAGAUGAGGGUAGUAGUGUUGCUAUAGGAGAUGAGGGUAGUAGUGUAUAACCACUGUGCACAGAGUUAUGUGUUGCUAUAGGAGAUGAGUGUAGUAGUGUAUAACCACCGUGCACAGAGUUAUGUGUUAUGUGGAGAUGAGCGUAGUAUUACGGUCCUCAUGUAAUUCUACACUGAAAACAUAGGGUCCUGUUCAAUAGGGAUACAUUGUUUUGAAACUGAGUCGAACGGUACAAGUACCUACCUGAACUUGUCCAAUAAGAACAAAUGUUUUUUGUUUUCCGUUGCAAAACGUUUUUGCUACGGUGGGCCCUAAUAGGGAACACGACCCCACCCAGGACUUUGAGAAAGGCCAACGAGAGGUAUCAAGGUGGUAGUUAUUUAGGGGAGAAACCUAACGUUCCACGGAAGUCAAAAUGUUCACUCAGUCAUGCCUUGAUGUAAAUGGGAGACGAGGUGAAAACGUUACCUAAAUGGAAGUUAGGAUUUGCCUCUAAGAGAAUAAGUCACAUGAGUUGUUAGGACAAUGUCUAUAAAGGUGAAAUGUUUAUUUUUCAUACAGAUCUAUAAAAUGAUAAAUGUUGGGGACUUGUUAAGUUCGGACGGUCUUUUGAUCAGACUGGAAUGAGGGUAAGGAGAUGUCAGAGCAUUGGGGGUGAGAUCUGUCCAUUUAUGGAGAACAACAUGGUAGUCACUAUAAUCAAUGAAUCGCCACGACGAUAAUCCCUGGAUCUAGGGUGUAUGUAGGGGGGGGGGGCAGCAGCUCAUAUAUAGAGUGUAUAGGUUCUGUAAUACCUAUAGAUUGAGAUAGCUCUUUUCUGUGUAUGUCAUGAUUGUACUGUGCCACCCAUAUACACACACACACACCACAGUAGCUUGUUGAAUCCACUGUACUGUAGAUGGAUAGAUAGCCACGACUUCAGGUCAUUGAUUUCACCUCGUUAAUAACUGUGUCUCUGAAGAAGAGUCUGUGUAGACAGUCGGUGUGAUGUCACACUAACACUAGUUUUGCUUUGUUGCACAAAUUAUACUAAUGAGCUGUUUUCUCAUGGGUUCUCAUGGGUUUCACAUGGGUUUCUCAUGGGUUUCUCAUGGGUUUCACAUGGGUUUCUCAUGGGUUUCACAUGGGUUUCUCAUGGGUUUCACAUGGGUUUCUCAUGGUUUCUCAUGGGUUUCACAUGGGUUUCUCAUGGGUUUCUCAUGCUUUCUCAUGGGUUUCUCAUGGGUUCUCAUGUUUUCUCAUGGGUUUCACAUGGGUUUCUCAUUGUUUCUCAUGUUUUCUCAUGGGUUUCUCAUGCUUUCUCAUGGGUUUCUCAUGCUUUCUCAUGGGUUUCUCAUGGGUUCUCAUGGUUUUUCAUGUUUUCUCAUGUUCUCAUGGGUUUCUCAUGGGUUUCUCAUGGUUUCUCAUGGUUUCUCAUGGGUUUCUCAUGGUUUCUCAUGGUUUCUCAUGGUUUCUCAUGGGUUUCUCAUGGUUUCUCAUGGGUUUCUCAUGGUUUCUCAUGGUUUCUCAUGGGUUUCUCAUGGGUUUCUCAUGGUUUCUCAUGGUUUCUCAUGGUUUCUCAUGGUUUCUCAUGGGUUUCUCAUGGGUUUCUCAUGGGUUUCUCAUGGUUUCUCAUGGGUUUCUCAUGGGUUUCUCAUGGGUUUCUCAUGGUUUCUCAUGGGUUUCUCAUGGUUUCUCAUGGUUUCUCAUGGGGUUCUCAUCUCUUAUUCAGUUUCUUGUUUUUCUUUGUGCCUUUUGUAAAUGAGCAAUGAGGUGUCCCCAUUAGAUUGAGGUUAUUUUUCUCAUGUUUUUUAGUUUGUCCGUUGGUCAUCGUGAGUGAGCUUUUUAUAUCAGUUAGCUUUUCCAACACGUUGUCGUAGCAUUGUUCAUACGUUGUAAAGUUUCUACAGGAUCUAGUUAGUUUGUAUUGAUGUGCCACUGACUCAUCCAACCUAAACACUAGUAUUUUAUACAGUAAAAAAAAAUGAAUGAAUGAAUGAAUCGCCACGACGAUAAGAUAAGAGUUCUAUCUUCGAGAUGAUAUUCUGUGUGACCUGGAAAUGUAUAGCACAUGUUAAUGACGUUGUCGUAGCGACUGUGUUUACUAUAGGAUGACGAUCCUUGGACUGAUAAACAACAUCUAUAGGCUGAGUCUGGAACUAGAGAAUUAGAAUCAUUCUAACUCUGUGUGACUGAAACCAGCCAAGGCUUGAAAAAAUCCCAUGGUUGAGUACUGUGAAGCUCUGACCCUGUUUUGGGUACUUUAAGAAUGCAUCCUACCAUCAUCUUCUCCUUGAGGUAAUAUAAUCACGGAUUAGGAAGGGAUUGGAUUAAGUGAAUGCAUGUUUGCCAUCAUGUUUACACCUGUCUUAACAUUGUCAGAUCAGUGAUGACUUCGAGGAUGGGAGGAUGCAUCUGUGAGGUAUUUGAACAGGCUUUAGAUAGAGAUAUCGUGAUGUGUUCACCUCAUGCUAAAAGAUCGCUGAUGUUGUUCUGCUCAUGUACUGUAGGUCUGACAGGGACUUAUAGGAUGUUGUACAAACUUGAAAAUUUAAAUAAAAUGAAUUUGCUUUGGCAUGAC